CACUUACAAUCAGUUUCAGUUUAGAGUUCAUAGAAAAACGUGCCGCCAUGAGGUUCAGUCGAAGUAUAGAGGAAUAUCUGUCGAACUCUACCCUACAUGGCGCCAGAUUCAUAGUGGACAAGGAUGCCAGUUGGCUGGAGCGAAUCUUUUGGGUCAUUUGCCUGGUGGUCUCGUGGUACGCCUCCUGGUUGCUUAUCAAAGCGUCGCUAAGUGCCUUUGAGAAUAAUGCCAUUAGCUUUGUGGUGGAGAGCUCGUAUCGCGAUUGGAAUACAAAUUUUCCAGCCAUCAUAGUGUGUGAAUCGAAGAAUAUGGAUCGCAUACAGGAGGUGGCUGAACAACUCUGGGGCGCUGAUCAUGACUUUACCUUGGAGGAGGUACUCAGUGAGAUUGCCUUCUUCCGGGGCGAAUCCUAUCACACGGUCCACGAGUGCAGUGGCGAGGAGUCCACGGCCUCCUGUUUCUACUCGAACUUUUCGUACUAUGCCCAGCUGGUGAGGAGCAGCUGUGUGGACUCCAUCAGUAAUUGUGAGUGGAACAACAAGCCCUUCGAAUGCUGCAAGUACUUCCAUCGCAUGGAAACAGAGCUGGGCAUAUGCUAUGCCAUCAAUUCUCUCCAGGCUGGAAAGAACAAGGGCCCCAAGCUGAAUAUGUAUUCGAAUCGUUAUACUGGACCUGGAACACUCACAAUGGAAUUGCAUACGGAAGCUACAGUCUUCAUAUUGGGCAACGAAGAAGUUCCCACUUUGGUCACGCCGAAAACGGAUUUUCUAGUCGUGGGUCCCUAUAUAUCCUUCACACGCUAUAUCUCUAAGCGUGACAUUGAAAACGAUGAGGAGAUCCGUCAGACGAGCGUCUAUCAGCGUAAUUGCCGUUUUGCCGAUGAGAAUAUUCUGGGUGUCCACAAUUAUUAUAGCUAUAGUGCCUGCACGGUUCAGUGCCGCAAGGAUCGCCAGAUGGAGCUGUGCAACUGCUCCAGUCAUCUGUCCCCCAACUCGCCCGACUGGCAGCUCUGCAAUAUGGAUGGUCUCGAGUGCCUCAACAGGAACUAUGAGGAUCUUUCGGUGAUCAUUGCCAAAUGGUCGAAGCGUCGUGGUCGCAAGGGUCUGGUCUGCGAUUGUCUGCCCUCUUGCACCGAGGUGGAUAUAACUACAGUGUCUGACAGCAAGGACAACAUGGUGGGGGAGCAGAAUCCCGUCUCCCGCAUUGAGGUGGGCCUCAUAGAGCUGCCCACGGAGCGGUACAAGAGGAAUUUAGUGCGUGGCAAAUUGGAUUUGGUGGUGUCCAUUGGUGGUACAACAGGAUUAUUUGUGGGGGCCAGUCUGCUUAGCUUCGUGGAGAUCUUUUACUACAUCACUAUUCGUCCUUAUACUACUUAUAUGGAUGAUCGUUUGAAACGUAUGGUUUUUGAUUAAGUAUGCUGGUUGUAUUACAAGUAUUUUCCACAAG